AAUCUUUGAAAGUAAGACGGUAAUAAUAGCUUCAGUGGCCAACAGCUCUUUGUCUGUACACUGCUGGUUUCAUAAGGAUUCUCUUUUUUAAGAAGUGAAGAAACAAAGAAAGAAAACAAAAUCAAAAGAGCUUAAUCAAGAAAGAUAUGUUUGGCAAUUAUGACCAAGAGAAGAAGAUGCCUAGCAUCAGCUCUCGCAAUACCAAUCCACUGGCGAGUAUGCAGAGCAAGAACAUGAGCGUGGCUCCGUCUCAUCAGCAGCCGCAACAACAGCAAGCGCAUCAACCGCAACCGCAACUUAAAUGCCCUCGUUGCGAUUCCUCUAACACAAAGUUCUGUUACUACAACAACUACAGCCUCUCUCAGCCGCGGCACUUUUGCAAGGCUUGCAAGAGGUAUUGGACACGAGGAGGGACCCUCCGUAACGUUCCCGUAGGCGGUAGCUACCGGAAGAACAAACGUGUGAAGCGGAAAGCAACUGCAACCUCAACCGCUGCAUCCACGGCCUCGAAGACUACUUCUUCAUCCCCUAAUAACCGUCAUCAUCAGAUCUCACAUUUCUCUUCCAUGAAUCAUCAUCCCAUGUUCUAUGGUUUAUCAGAUCAUGUGAGUUGUAAUAGUCUUCCAAUGAUUCCUAGCCGGUUCAGUGAUUCUUCGAAGACUUCAUCAAGUGGUUUAGAGAGCAAGUUUUUCUCAUCUGGUUUUAGUGGCCUUAGUUCUCUUGGUCUAGGGCUACCUCAUCAUAUGAGUCAUGACCACACCAUUAAUGGUGGCUUCAUCAACAACUCUACAGAAAACAAACCCUUCCUUCUCUCGGGUCUAUUCGGGUCUUCGGUGUCUUUGUCUUCCUCUAGUCUCCUCCAGCAUCCACACAAGCCCGUGAACAAUGGUUGUGAGAUGAUGGGACAAUCACAUCUCCAAACCCUAGCAUCACUUCAAGAUUUGCAUGUUAGGGAAAACAAUGAAGAUGUGAACAAAGAAGGGAAGCUUGAUCAGAUCUCCGGAAACAUUAAUGGAUUCAUGUCACCAUCCUCUUUAGAUCCUUCAAACUACAACAACAUAUGGAAUAAUGCAAGUGUUGUCAAUGGAGCAUGGCUUGAUCCGACAAAUAAUAACGUUGGAUCAUCCCUUACCUCCUUGAUAUAAACCAAAACUUAUUGGUUAUAGGAUCUAUAUAACUAGCUGGGGUUUUAUCUUCAUCACUUUUUUUCUUUGUGUUUUGAGAUGUGAGAAGAAGCUUGGAUCAGAGAGAUAAAAUCAGGGGAUGUGUUGAUGUUAGCCACUAUAAACUCCCUCGGAUCCUCUUCAUCUCAACAUCUUCCUUCACAUUAAGUUGUUCAAGAAAAACAAAAGGGGGGCUCAAGAUUGGUUCAAGGUUUACUAUGUUAAGUUCACUCAAGGUAAAUUAUAUGUGCACGUAAAUAACAUGGUCCUGACUUUCAUCAUCUUUAUUUUAAUCUAUGUAAUUCUAAGGUCCACCACAUGGGUUGGUGUUUCUUUUCAUUGGAAUUAGAAGGGUAACUUGGGUUAAAUUGAGUUUCUCAUGGGGUCAGAGAACUCAAUAGUUUUCACGUUUGAUUUCUUUUUAGUUUCACAUUUCUUCUUUGGUGUGGCUUUCAUUGGGUAUACAAACAGAGAGAGGAGUGUGGUUUUGCAUUGUUAUAACUUUGGUUAUUCAUGUAUCAGUUAUGUUAUUACGGCUCUUUCGGAUACAUGUCUAUGUAUAUUAUGUAAUUAUAUCUACAUAUAAUCA